UUCUAUUAUUUUCUCUGUAACUUCCAAAGAGAUCUGUUGUAUUAUGAGCAGAGCCCAUUUGAGCUAUCUGCUUGGGAACUAUUUACUUAUUAUUACUCUUCUUUCUUAGGGUUUCCAAUCAUCUUCCCUCUCUUCUUGCUAGACUGGAUACCAACCUACCUUCGAGAUCUGCUCCUGUGUUGCUUCCUUGUCUUCUACAGGCGGAAAGGGGAAUUCCAGGGGGUUGAAUAGAGCUGGGGUGGUUGCAGAGAGGAUCUGGAGCUCAAAGAAUGAAGCAGACGAGGAGGAGAGCGGUGGUGUUUGGUUGCGGGAGUGGGUUCGGAUGAGAAUAUGCUUUUUUGCUGUUUGGGUGGGGGGUGGGUUUGUGGGUGAGGGUACAACCAGUCGCUUCAUCACUUUCCUUCCUUUUGCGUUUAUUUUCUUUUGGUUUUCUGCUUUUUGGUUCAACAAGUUUCUGGGAUUUGUAGUCGGUGCAAGGAGCAGCUCUUUAGCGGCUCAAUCAUUUCCCGGGAUGAGGGUUUCUUUGGCCGGGGUUAAUCCUCAACCAGAGGAAGGUACAGGGGAGAAGAAAUGCUUGAAUUCGGAGCUGUGGCAUGCCUGUGCUGGCCCACUUGUUUCCCUUCCUCCGGUGGGAAGCAGAGUCGUCUACUUCCCCCAAGGGCAUAGUGAGCAGGUUACUGCUUCAACAAACAAGGAAAUAGAUGCUCACAUACCUAGUUAUCCUGGUUUACCGCCGCAACUCAUCUGUCAGCUUCACAAUGUUACUAUGCAUGCAGAUAAUGAGACUGAUGAAGUGUAUGCACAGAUGACAUUGCAGCCGCUAAGUGCACAAGAGCAAAAGGAUGUCUGUCUGCUACCUGCUGAACUAGGGAUGCCAAGUAAACAGCCAACAAAUUAUUUCUGCAAAACCUUGACUGCUAGUGACACUAGUACUCAUGGAGGAUUCUCUGUGCCUCGGCGAGCAGCUGAAAAAGUCUUUCCUCCUCUGGAUUAUUCCCAGCAGCCUCCUGCACAAGAAUUGAUUGCUAAAGAUCUUCACGGGAAUGAAUGGAAGUUCAGGCAUGUUUUCCGGGGACAACCAAAGAGGCAUCUCCUGACAACAGGAUGGAGUGUAUUUGUAAGUGCCAAGAGACUUGUAGCAGGUGAUGCUGUCAUCUUUAUCUGGAAUGAAAACAACCAGUUGCUUUUGGGAAUUCGGCGUGCUAAUCGUCCACAAACUGUCAUGCCUUCAUCAGUUUUGUCUAGUGAUAGCAUGCACAUUGGCCUUCUUGCAGCAGCAGCUCAUGCAGCUGCAACAAAUAGCCGCUUUACUAUAUUUUACAAUCCAAGGGCUAGUCCUUCAGACUUUGUCAUACCUCUAGCCAAAUAUGCAAAAGCGGUGUAUCAUACUCGAGUUUCUGUUGGUAUGCGGUUUAGAAUGCUCUUUGAAACAGAAGAAUCAAGUGUUCGCAGGUAUAUGGGUACAAUUACAGGUAUUAGUGACUUAGAUCCUGUUCGCUGGCCAAAUUCACAUUGGCGGUCUGUCAAGGUAGGAUGGGAUGAAUCAACCGCUGGGGAGAGACAGCCUAGGGUUUCCUUGUGGGAAAUUGAACCACUUACAACUUUUCCAAUGUAUCCAAGCCCAUUCUCCCUUAGGCUAAAGCGACCAUGGCCAUCUGGGCUACCCUCUUUCCCAGGUCUCAGCAAUGGUGAUAUGCACAUCAGUUCUCCACUUUCAUGGCUGCGUGGCAAUAUGGGUGAUCAGGGAAUUCAAUCUCUAAACUUUCAGGGAUUUGGCAUUACACCCUUCAUGCAACCAAGGCUUGAUGCUUCCAUGCUUGGUUUACAACCUGAUAUUUACCAAACAAUGGCAACACUUGAUUCUUCCAAGCUUGCAAGUCAGCAGUCACUUCUGCAGUUCCAGCAGAGCAUCCCUAGUUCUUCUUCAUCUCUGAUUCAGAGUCAAAUGUUGCAGCGCCCACAUCCUCAACAGAAUUUGCUCCAAAGCUUUCAGGAGAACCAGGUUAUAUCUCAGGCUCAGAUUCUACAACAGCAAUUGCAGCGUCAGCAAUCUUACAAUGAGCAGCAACAACUUCAUCCACCCCCAAUUCAACAAUUUCAAGAGCAACAGCAAAUGUCAAAGCCCAUCUCCAGUCUCCCUAGGAUGAACUCAACCACUCAGUCCCAACUUUCACAUUUCCAGGCCUUAAGUUCAACUGUUCCCCAACAGUCUUUUUCUGAUCUAGUUGGAAACCAUGUUAUGACCUCUAAUAAUUCUUCUACACAGAGUCUUCCUAGGUCUUUUUCUCAUGAUGAAGCAUCACAACUCUUAAACAUGCAUGAAACCAAUCCUUUAGCCACCUUACCCUCAAAGCGAAUUGCUCUUGAAUCUCAGGUUUCUUCCCGAGCUACUCCAUAUGCAGUUUCCCAGGCAGAUAUGAUUUCGCCUAACUCUAAGGUCUCUGACCUUCCCACCUUUUUGCCACCUUUCCCUGGUAAAGAGUUUCCUGAGUACCAAGGGGCGGCAUACUCCCAAAGCAAUAAUGCUCUACUUGGGGUUAAUACAGACUCAUCACUUUUACUGCAGAAUGGGAUUUCAAACCUCAAAAAUAGUGGUGGUGAGAAUGGGUUUUUGAAUAUGCCAUUCUCAACCUGUAAUUUCACUAGUGGUGUUGGCACUGAUUAUCCCCUCAACCCAGAUAUGGGAACUUCUAGUUGUGUGGAUGAAUCAGGUUUCUUGCAGUCCUCAGAAAAUGUGGACCAAGCAAACCCACCCAACAGAACCUUUGUGAAGGUUCACAAGUCAGGGUCCUUUGGACGUUCACUUGAUAUCUCCAAGUUUAGCAGCUAUCAUGAGCUGCGAAGUGAGCUUGCUCGCAUGUUUGGCCUUGAAGGCCUAUUGGAGGACCCUGAGAGAUCAGGCUGGCAGCUUGUAUUUGUUGACCGAGAGAAUGAUGUACUUCUCCUCGGCGAUGACCCUUGGCAGGAGUUUGUGAACAAUGUUUGGUAUAUCAAAAUAUUGUCUCCAUUUGAAGUGCACCAGAUGGGGAAAGAAGAAGGCCUCGAUAUUCCAAACAAUCUCCCUGCUGCAAAUCAGAGGCUCCCAAAUGGUGGCAGUAGCUGUGAAGUUCAUGUGAGCCAGAACGAGACUAGAAAUAUGAAUGGUAUACCAUUGGGGUCUCUUGACUACUAAUAAGGAAGACUUAAAAUAGUAAUGGAUCUUCCCAAGGCAACUGUACCAUAUUAGAACUGUUGUAUUCCCAGGUAAGGUAAUCAGAUUGUAAAUUAUAAUAUGAUUAAAUUCGUAUUGAACUACUACUGUCUUCCUAAAUGAUGAAUUCUGAGAGUAAUACAUCUUUCUACCAACUCUUAUUAUGCAAAUUUGGUUAUAACUUCC